GAGCGGUAUGGUAGUCAACGACUUUAGAACUUCCGAUGCGCGUAACGGCGCCUGUAUGAGGCGUUGAGCUAGCUCUACAUCUAUCAAAGAGGAGCACGAGCAGAGCAAGAAGUUGGAAGAAGCGAAGGAGUUUGCGUAGUUUGGUUUUACCAUAAAAACAAAAUCCGUGCAGUUCUUUCGUGGCGACACAACAUCUGGAUUCAGAGACUGUAGAGGACACUUUUUAAUAUUACGUAGUAACUUUCGAUAGAUUCAGUUCGGUGAAAAAGCAUAAGAACCAAUCGAUGGCAUCCACGGAGAAAGGUGCUUUGCUGGCCACCGAGGCCGGCGCAAAAAUCGGCGCGUUUGCCUCCUCAAAUUUCGGCGGGCUGUGGAAAUUUCUCUUCUUCGUCGGGGCGGUAUGUGUUUAUUUAUUAACGUCUACUCGCAAAAAUUGAAGAAAGUGUGUGCCUCACUUUCGCUUGUCGAUAAAAAAGCAGAACGGAAAAUGGAUUCAGAAUCAGAGUGCUUUGGAUCUUGCGGCCCUCAUGGGUUAUCAUGCAUGAGAGAUAGGAGGCCGAGGCCUGUUUCUUUCCUUUGAAGAGAAAGGAAAUGCAAAUAGUAAUUGAAGGCACCGAUAACUGACACCAAAUGUCCAGGGCUGCGUCACGGCAGGCGGCGUACUUGGAAUAAUUGGGGGCAUCAGCAGCUUCCUAUCACCCUUCAGCUUCUGCAACCAGGUUUGUAUAAUUUAGUUUGCUUCGAUCGUCGCAUCAUCGUCACCGUUGUAUGGCCCACUUCCCAUGUGGUCCCGAGUGGGCGAGCGUGGUGGGGGUAAAUUAAUUGUGGUUCAUGAGCAGAGGCGGCUGGUCAUGCAGGAGAUACGGAAGAACAAGAAAUAGAUGAAUACGAAUAGUACGAAUAAAGUAUCUGUACGUAAGUCGCUAUGUUUUCAAUUUAGGUCUACCUUCUGAUAUUCGGUUUGCUGAUGCUUAUUCUGGACAUGCCCUACGAGAACACGCAACUUCACGAUUGCGCACUGGAAAAGCGUCCGUGUCGUUCACAGGAACUGCAUGUCAGUGAGUACUCUUCCUGUUAGUUUGCAGAUCGUAAAUGGAUUCUUUUCAAUGCGGGAUAGUUGUGUAUAGGCAUGGUUGGAUGGCGGACGAAAUUGAAAAACUACUACUUGUUUUUGCAUGCAAUCUAUUGCCGCGUGAACGACAUGACAUUUUUUUUUGCUGCAUAACCAAAUCCGCCUCGCAAUUUUCCGAUACCUGCUUUUCAUGACACGUUUCACCGGAAGGGGCGCAUGGUACAAUUUGCGUGACUGAACAUUUUUCUCUUGUUCACGAUAUGUCACGAGGGUAGGUUUUAGAAAUAAGCCUUAAGUACGCAUUUUUAAUAGUGCAUAAUGAAACUCCUGGUAGACGAGAAAGAGGUAGCAGGCCGCCCUGCAGCUUGAUCCAUUAGAAAUUUACUAUCAACUACUGACUCUUAUCGUUAUCUCCCAGGUACCUAUUCCUUGCCACGAUGAUUUGGGCCAGCCUUUUCAACCUCGGCCUCGAUCCCAUGAUAGGCUUUGUUCUGGCUGCCGUCGUGGGAGCCCUGGGCGGAGUAAGUGUGUACUUCGGCGUCCAGAAAUCCAUGCGACUAGAAAAGCUGCGAAAAGCAAUCUGCGCAAAGGGCGCUAACGCAGUACUCGAUAUGGUGCCGGCAAGGUAUUUCUAUAUGAAUAAAAAGUUUUUGCAGCUGCAGAUGCAGUUUCGCCACCACAAGAAACCCGGUCUGAGUAGAAUGAAUAGUAAAUCAACAUCAAGCGCGCCGUCGCGAUUUGCGUUUGAAUCUGUGUGUGAAAAUAGCAUGCGGCACAGGGGGUGAAAAUUUUAGAUCAUCUUUACAGGCGAAUGAUGCUUUAAAUCAAUCAUCCGCAGGGGCUUGACACUCGAGGAAUUCAACGAGCUAGCAAAGCAGAAUGUUUAUCGCGCAGAAAUGCACAUCUUUACCAGCGACUAGCAUGCCUGUUCUUCUGUGAUUAUUUGCGUUGUACGUAACAAAAUACAGAAGGAAGCCAGGCCAAGAGGACAGGCGAAUCAAUCCUGUGUGCAAUGCCUUCAUCAGGCGAAAACGAAAUCCAUACACGUCUGAGACAUGUUUUUGGUUUCAUCUCGGAAACCAACCAGAAUGCAUACUCAAAAUUAUCACACGAUAGUAACAUGCUAGUAGUUGAAGCUUCUUUCUCCGCUCUUCGAUACCCAGACGGACUUGACUUUCUCGACCGAAGAGUUGCACUACAUUUCCCGCGCAUUGAGUUUUCGGGUGCGGCACGAUGAUAUCAUCAGCCAAGAAGAGUUCCGAAGCUGGACGCAGGGGUCGAUGACAAUACUGUGAACUCGUACUACUUCGUUCCCUCAAGGUGCGCUCUUCUCGGCGAGCAGGCGACGGCAGGUUUUGCGAGCGGCGGACUGCUUGGGCAUGGUCACGGUUGUUUGAUGCCGUCGUGUGCUGGAACUUCAGUAAGUACUCGCUUUAAAAAGAAUACCGCGCACAAAUACAACUUUCCGAGCUCACCUGCAUGCUCGUGACGGAACCAAAAACAAAGGUCGCAUGAUCUCUACUUCCUUGAGGAGCAGACUAAAUGUGUACUUGCUCGUGCAGUGUGGCAAGAUAUUAAAAGUGUUCAGCGGUAUGAAGAACAACAC